AACUGAGGUGUACCUUGUGCGUCCUGUCGCUGUGCCCUGCACUCUGCGGCGCAGGAAUAGUGUGUGGAAGUGGUGGUUAUCCUGGGUGCCUGGGUUCUAGGUCCUGCUGUUUGGCGUUUCACAAGUCAUCCAGCUGAAGAAGACCCGUUGAACUGGCUCUUCUCAGAGCCUUUUAAAGAUGAAUGGAAAAAAACUGGAAAUAACUGCAAAGCAGCGGAAACUUCCUGAAUGGAUGUCUAUGCAGAAUAAAAGAUGUGCUGUAGAAGAAAGAAAGGCAUCUAUUCAGAAGAGUGUUUUUAAAGAUGACCUCCCCUUCUUAGAAUUCACUGGAUCCGUUGUGUACAGUUAUGAAGCUAGUGAUUGUUCUUUCCUAUCAGAAGAUAUUAGCAUGAGUCUGUCUGAUGGAGAUGUGGUAGGAUUUGACAUGGAAUGGCCCCCGAUAUACAAGAAAGGGAGACUGGGCACAGUUGCACUAAUUCAGUUGUGUGUGUCAGAGAGCAAAUGUUACUUGUUUCAUAUUUCUUCUAUGUCAGGUUUUCCUCAGGGAUUAAAAAUGUUGCUUGAAAAUGAAGCAAUUAAAAAAGCAGGUGUAGGAAUUGAAGGAGAUCAGCGGAAACUUCUGCGUGACUUUGACAUCAAAUUGAAGAGUUUUCUGGAGCUGAGAGAUGUUGCAAAUGAAAAGCUGAGAUGUGCAGAGACCUGGAGCCUCAAUGGUUUGGUUCAACACCUGUUUGGUAAACAGCUUCUGAAAGACAAGUCUGUCCGCUGUAGCAAUUGGAAUAAUUUUCCUCUCACUGAAGAUCAGAAAGUGUAUGCAGCCACUGAUGCUUAUGCUGGCCUCAUUAUUUAUCGAAAAUUAGAAAUUUUGGGUGAUGCUAUGCAAAUGUUUGCUAUAAAUAAAGAGGAGGAAAUACUGCCUAGUGAUGUGAAGAAACAAUUGACUUCAAUCUCUGAGGAUGUGCUGGAUCUGGUUAAGCAUCUUCCUGACACUUUCAGAAAAUUGGAAAAUCCACAGAGGGUUUCUAUACUAUUGAAGGAUAUUUCAGAAAGUCUCUGUUCAUUGAGGAAGAUGAUAUUUGGUUCUAUCGAGACUGAACUGGGGCCCACCAGUAAUUUUAACUUAUCACCAUUGGAAGAUCCAACUGUUGGUGGAGUACAACAGAAACAAAUUAGAGAACAUACAAUUUUUACUGAAGUUGAAGAUGAGACAUGGGACAUAACACUUGAUGAUUUAUUUAAACAUGAUGGAGAAAAUGUACUUGGAAAUGAAGUUAAAAAAAUAGACAGUGGAUUUGAAGAUGGACUAGAAGACAAUAAGUUGAAAGAGAAUACAGAAAGAAGUUGUGUGAUGUCAUUAGAUAUUACAGAAUAUGAACUCCAAAUUUUGGAACAGCAGGCUCAGGAAAAAAAUCUUAGUGAUGUUACUUGCAAAUCUCCUGAGGAUUUAUCUUCCAAGGAUAAUGAAGAGGAUACAUCUUUUGUAAUUGAAAGUGAUGAAGAUUUAGAAAUGGAGAUGAUUAAGUCUUUAGAAAACCUACAUAGUGGCACGGUAGAUCCAGUUCAUUCAAAAGGCACAGAAAUGGAAAGAAAUCUGGAUGUUCCUUCUGAAGAUGAUGAAGAUGAUCGUGAAGCUGUUGAAGAGGAAGAACAAGAUGAUAAAGGCCAUUCGUUACCAGGACCUAACGCAGAACAAGUUAUUUGCCUCAAGACCUACUUUGGCCAUUCCAGUUUUAAGCCGGUUCAGUGGAAAGUGAUUCAUUCUGUAUUGGAAGAAAGAAGAGAUAAUGUUGUUGUCAUGGCAACUGGAUCUGGAAAGAGUUUGUGCUUCCAGUAUCCACCAGUUUAUGUAGGCGGGAUUGGCCUUGUUAUCUCUCCUCUUAUUUCUUUGAUGGAAGACCAAGUGCUCCAGCUUGAAAUGUCCAACGUUCCAGCUUGUUUUCUGGGAUCAGCACAGUCAAAAAAUGUUCUAGAGGAUAUUAAAUUAGGCAAGUAUCGGAUUGUAUACAUAACUCCAGAAUUCUGUUCAGGUAACUUGCACCUGCUCCAACAAUUUCAGGCUAAUAUUGGUAUCACUCUUAUUGCUGUGGAUGAAGCUCACUGUAUUUCUGAGUGGGGACAUGAUUUUAGAGAAUCAUUCAGGAGUUUGGGCUCCCUAAAAAGAGUAUUCCCGUUGGUUCCAAUCAUCGCACUCACUGCUACUGCAAGUUCUUCAAUCCGGGAAGACAUCAUACGUUGCUUGAAACUGAAGAAUCCUCAGAUUACCUGCACUGGUUUUGAUCGACCAAACUUGUAUUUAGAGGUUGGACAAAAAACAGGAAACAUCCUUCAGGAUCUGAAGCAAUUUCUUGUUCAGAAGACAAGUUCUGCCUGGGAAUUUGAAGGUCCAACUAUCAUCUAUUGUCUUUCCAGAAAAAUGACAGAACAAGUUACAGCUGAACUCACGAAACUGAAGUUAGCCUGUGGAACAUACCAUGCAGGCAUGAAUAUUAGCUCAAGGAAAGAGGUUCAUCAUAGGUUCAUGAGAGAUGAAAUUCAGUGUGUCAUAGCUACCAUAGCUUUUGGAAUGGGCAUUAAUAAAGCUGACAUUCGCAAAGUCAUUCAUUAUGGUGCUCCUAAGGAAAUGGAAUCAUAUUACCAGGAGAUUGGUAGAGCUGGCCGUGAUGGACUUCCAAGUUCUUGUCAUCUGCUGUGGUCUCCAGUAGACUUGAACGUAAAUAGGUACCUCCUUAGUGAGAUACGUGAUGAAGAGUUUCGAUUAUACAAAUUAAAGAUGAUGGCAAAGAUGGAAAAAUAUCUUCAUUCCAGCAAGUGUAGGCGACAAAUCAUCUUGUCUCAUUUUGAAGACAAACAACUGCGAAAGGCCUCCUUGGGUAUUAUGGGAACUGAAAAAUGCUGUGAUAAUUGCAGGUCCAGAUUGGAUCAUUGCUUUUCCAUUGAUGACUCAGAUGAUGCGGCCCAGGACUUUGGUCCGCAAGCAUUCCAGCUAUUGUCUGCCGUGAAUAUCUUAGGAGAAAAGUUUGGAAUUAGAGUUCCAAUUUUAUUUCUCUGUGGAUCUAAUUCCAAGUAUCUUGCAGAUAAACAUCGCAGUCAUAGUUUAUUUGGCACUGGCAAGGAUCAAACAAGGAAGUGGUGGAGGGCUUUUUCCCAUCAGCUCGUGACUGAGGGAUUCUUGGUCGAAGUUCCCAGGCCUAGGAAAUUUGUAAAGAUUUGCACGCUUACAAAAAAGGGUAGAAAUUGGCUUGAUAAAGCCAAUACAGGAUCUCCUCGGAGACUUAUCCUUCAAGCUAAUGAAGAAUUGUGUCCAAAGAAGUUUCUUCUACCAAGUUCUAAACCUGUGUCUUCAGGCACUGAACAACAUUCCUCUAGUCAAAUGCCAAUUGAAUUAACUGCAGAGAAGCAGUCUAACUUGGAGAUGUAUUCUUACAAAGCGUUUGAUAAAAUUUCUUCUGGGAGUAACAUUCCUACAAAAAGCGUCAUGGUGAAAUCACCAAGGAAAUCUUACAAGUCCUCAGAACCUGUUAUUUCAGCGCAAGAGCAGGAGACUCAGACUGUAUUAUAUGGCAAAUUGUUAGAAACUAGGCAGAAACACGCCAAUAAAAUGGAUGUUCCUCCAGCUAUUCUGGCAACAAAUAAGAUACUGUUGGAUAUGGCCAAAAUAAGACCUACUACCGUUGAAAAUGUGAAAAGGAUUGACGGUGUUUCUGAAGGCAAAGCUACUAUGUUGGCCCCUCUGUUGGAAAUCAUCAAGCAUUUCUGUCAAAUAAGUAGUGUUCAGACAGACCUCUUUCCAAGUAUAAAACCUCAAGAACAGAAGAAAAGUCUAGUGGUGAAAAAUGAAGCAUGCUCGAUUUCACAAUCUGUGGCCAUCACAUAUUCUUUAUUCCAGGAAAAGAAGAUGUCUUUGCAAAGUAUAGCCGAGAACAAGAGUCUGCCUCUCACAGCAGUUGGCAUGCACUUAUUCCAAGCACUGAGAGCUGGCUACCCACUCGAUAUGGAGCGAGCAGGCCUGACUCCAGAGGUUCAGAAGAUUAUUGCUGAUGUUAUCCGAAAGCCUCCCAUCAACUCAGAUAUGAAUAAAACUAAACUAAUUAGAAUGUUUGUUCCUGAAAACAUUGACACAUACCUUAUCUUCAUGGCAAUUGAGAUCCUGAAAAAAGAUUGUGACAACAGCCUGUUAUGCCAGCCUUCAUGUGAUUCCAACAAAAAGAGGUGUUUCCCCAGCUCUGAAGAGAGCUGUUCCAGUUCUAAGAGAAGCAAGGAAGAAGUAGCCGCUAAUACCAAGUCAGCAAGUGAAAAAUCCAAGAGAAAAUUCGAUGUGUGGUUUGGCAAAGGGAACAAGACCUUAUUAACUACCAGCAAAAAAUCAAUGGUCAAAACAAAAAAGAAGGGUCUUUUUAGUUAAAUUGGCAAUUGCCAGUGGAAUUAUGUGUGUCUUGCUGUAUUAUAAAAGGAGAGCUGUAUUUCAUUUUUGAAAAGAGUGGGGGGUAAUAUUUCAGUUUAAAAAUUAUUCUACUCUCAAAGUAAAACUCACGUCUUUAUUGAACAGCUGGCAUCUUAAAACAGCCUUGUGCAAUUCACACAAAGUUGAGUCUUCUGAGAGCCUGAGUGAGUAUAUCAUAGAAUAGAAUAUUAAUUUAGUUUCCUUUAAGAUUGCUUUAAGAAAUGGUGUUACUGCCCUGUGUCCUAAUCUCUUUAUUUAUUUCAACAGUAUAUUUGGAAAGUGUGAUUUGAUAUAGAUAACAGUAGGUGUGCGAUGAUUGUGUGUGUGAUAUAAAAUAUUCUGAUAUUACCAAAGUUCUGUCUUGUAAAUGAAGAAAGCAUAGUUAUUUUACAAAUUGUCUUUAUUAUCUUUAGAAGAAACUCUUAUACACGUUGUUAAAUGGUAGUAAUGGAUCAGACAAGUGAAAAUGAAACAUUUUGGGUUCCGUGUAGAUAGGAAAAAAGACUAUAGCAAAGGAGACCAAUUGCACUAGGCAGCUAUGCACUUCGUAUUUUUUAUACUAUUUCUAUUAUUUUUCAAAUAAUAAAAAGUGUCCUUCAUACUGAAUUUUAUAAAGAUAUAUAUAUUUUUAUAAACUUUCAUUUACUUAAUUACUUUGAGUAUUUUAUUUUUUAAGGAUGUCAGAGUUUGAUUCUAUCUCUUUGUAGCACAUAUAACUUAAAUAUGUAAAAAUCACACUCUGACACUGAGCUGGGUAAACCAUAGUUAAUAGGACUUUAAGCAGUUUACCAUAUCGCCUUUAAUUGACUUUUUUGUAAAUAAAAAUAACUGUUGUUAAUAAAGAAGAAAUACAUGUAUGUUGUAGAAGAACUAGAAAAUCCAGAUAAGUGAAAAAGAAGAAAAUAGAAAUCACCAGUAGUUUAUGAUAAUCAGUUAACCCUUUUUGUGUAUCUUGCCAAACCUUUUUAUAUUCAUUUCCUUUCUUAGUUUGUUACAUGAAUAAUACAUGAAUGAAUUUUCUU